GUAGUAAGCGAUGGAUUGGAGCUGAGGCCAAAGUACAACGGAAUUCUCCACUGUAUGACCACUGUCUGGAAGCAUGAAGGACUGCGGGGCUUAUAUCAAGGGGUAACUCCAAACAUGCUAGGAGCGGGGGCUUCCUGGGGACUUUACUUUUUCUUUUACAAUGCCAUCAAAGCUUACAAGAAGGAAGGGAAGCUGGAAAGUCUCAGUGCAACCGAACACCUAGUGUCAGCUGCAGAGGCUGGAGCCAUGACCCUCUGUAUUACAAACCCAAUAUGGGUAACGAAGACACGCCUCGUGCUGCAGUAUAACGCUGGUGUUGAUCCAUCAAAGCGGCAAUACAAAGGAAUGUUUGAUGCUCUCAUAAAGAUAUACAAGACAGAGGGCGUACGCGGCUUAUAUAAGGGAUUUGUGCCUGGUCUGUUUGGAACUUCACAUGGAGCACUUCAAUUCAUGGCAUAUGAGGAUUUGAAACUAAGAUACAACAAGUAUAGAAACAGAGUAUCAGAUACAAAAUUGAACACUCUGGAAUACAUAAUGAUGGCAGCUAUAUCCAAAAUAUUCGCUGUGUCAGCAACAUAUCCCUAUCAAGUUGUGCGAGCUCGUCUUCAAGAUCAGCAUAAUACGUAUUCUGGUGUGUUUGAUGUUAUCCGCAGGACAUGGAGGCAAGAAGGAAUUCAUGGAUUUUACAAAGGAAUUAUCCCCAAUGUGAUCAGAGUGACUCCUGCCUGCUGUAUUACCUUUGUCGUUUAUGAAAAUGUGUCUGGCUUUUUGCUUGGUUUUAGAAAAGAGAAUAAUUAAAGGUACGCGCUUGUGUUCAUAAGGA